UCUGCACUCUGUUUCCUCAGCCACAAGUCACCAAGAUGCCCAUCCUGGAAAAAGUGCCCCAGAAGAUGGCAGCAAAAACUCUCAGCGGUGAGGAGGAAAACGAGCUGCCCAAACUCCCGGUGCCCCCCCUGCAGCAGACCCUGGCCACGUACCUGCAGUGCAUGCAGCACCUGGUGCCCAGGGAGCAGUUCCGGAGGAGCCAGGCCAUCGUGCAGCAGUUUGGGGCCCCAGGGGGCCUGGGUGAGACCCUGCAGCAGAAGCUCCUGGAGAGGCAAGAGAAGACUGCCAACUGGGUGGCUGAGUACUGGCUGAACGACAUGUAUCUCAAUAACCGCCUAGCCCUGCCUGUCAACUCCAGCCCCGCUGUGAUCUUUCCCCGGCAGCACUUCCAGGACACCAACGACCAGCUCAGGUUUGCCGCCAACCUCAUCUCGGGAGUGCUCAGCUACAAGGCCAUGCUGGACAGUCACUCCAUCCCCACUGAUUGUGCCAAGGGCCAGCUGUCUGGGCAGCAGCUCUGUAUGAAGCAAUACUACGGCCUCUUCUCUUCCUAUCGCCUCCCUGGCCACGUCCAGGACACACUGGUGGCCCAGAAGAGUAGUGUCAUGCCUGAGCCGGAGCACAUCAUUGUGGCCUGCUGCAACCAGUUCUUUGUCUUGGAUGUUGUCAUUAAUUUCCGCCGUCUCAGUGAGGGGGAUCUGUUCACUCAGUUGAGAAAGAUAGUCAAAAUGGCUUCCAACGAGGACGAACGCUUGCCUCCAAUCGGCCUGCUGACAUCAGACGGGAGGAGCCAGUGGGCUGAGGCCAGGACAGUCCUCGUGAAAGACUCCACCAACCGGGACUCGCUGGACAUGAUCGAGCGCUGCAUGUGCCUGGUGUGCCUGGACGCCCCGGCCGGCGUGGAGCUCAGUGACACCAACAGGGCGCUCCAGCUCCUUCACGGCGGAGGCUGCAGCCGGAACGGGGCGAACCGCUGGUACGACAAGUCCCUGCAGUUCGUGGUGGGCAGGGACGGCACCUGCGGCGUGGUGUGCGAGCACUCCCCGUUCGACGGCAUCGUCCUGGUGCAGUGCGUGGAGCACCUCCUCAAGCACAUGAUGAGCAGCAAGAAGCUGGUCCGCGCCGACUCCGUCAGUGAGCUGCCGGCCCCCCGGAGGCUGCGGUGGAAGUGCUCCCCCGUGAUUCAAGGCUUCUUAGCCUCCUCCGCAGAAAAACUCCAGCGAAUAGUAAAGAAUCUUGACUUCGUGGUGUAUAAGUUUGACAACUACGGGAAGACGUUCAUUAAGCAGCAGAAGUGCAGCCCCGACGCCUUCAUCCAGGUGGCCCUCCAGCUGGCCUUCUAUAGGCUCCAUUGCAGACUCGUGCCCACCUAUGAGAGCGCGUCCAUCCGCCGCUUCCGGGAGGGACGGGUGGACAACAUUCGAUCGGCCACCCCCGAAGCACUGAGGUUUGUGAAAGCCGUCACAGACCACGAGGCUGCUGUGCCGGAUUCCGAAAAGCUGCUGCUCCUGAAGAAUGCCAUCCGCGCCCAGACGGAGUACACGGUCAUGGCCAUCACAGGGAUGGCCAUCGACAACCACCUGCUGGGGCUGCGGGAGCUGGCUCGGGACGUGUGCAAGGAGCUGCCGGACAUGUUCACGGAUGAAACAUACCUGAUGAGCAACCGAUUCAUCCUCUCCACCAGCCAGGUGCCCACCACCAUGGAGAUGUUCUGCUGCUACGGGCCCGUGGUGCCCGACGGGUACGGCGCCUGCUACAACCCCCAGCCCGAGAGCAUCCUGUUCUGCGUCUCCAGCUUCCACAGCUGCCCGGAGACCUCCUCCGCCAAGUUCGCCAAGGCCGUGGAGGAGAGCCUGGCGGAGCUGGGCCGCCUCUGCAGCCCGCCCCAGCCUGCCGCCGCCAAGAAGGAGAAGUGCCACCAACCGUGACUCCCGCCGCCACGUCCCCUCUCCCAGCCUAGCUUCCUGUAGCUGCCAGACCCUGCUGAACCCCGCUCCCACCCUCACCCCAGCUUUCCGCAGCUCCCCCGUCCUCAGGGCCCAGCACAGCACAGUGAGAUGCCCCGGGGGCUGAGGGUCUGCAGGAGAGUGUCCGCGUGGACAGGAGUGUCCUUAGCCACAGACGGCGGCCGGCCCAGCACUGACAGCACCGCACAGGAGCCCCGCCUGGCUCAGAGGGGCGGGCGAGGUGGGACGUGCACACUGACUCCCCUCCACUCGCUGCCAGCAGGACCUCGCAUGGCUGGGUCAUGUUUUUGCCCAACGGGAGGAAGAAUGAGUCGCCUUUUUUAAGUGCAAUGUACCUAGUGAGUCAUGAGGGAAGAGGCUAAUUCAGGUCACUGCCUCUGCGGGUAGAAGUGGGGGCUUUGUUUUCAGGCUCAAAGCGGUCUGAUCAUACACAGGGCCUGGCUGAGCUUGCAUUUAGCGGGGUGCGUACUCCCU